AUGUCGCACGAUUAUGAGUUCGAGGGAUGGCUUGGCCACGGCGAGACAGCUGCCGAAGGCCAAAUGGAAUGGGGAACUUUCGAACCGAAGAAGCGGCAAGAGAACGACGUCGAUAUCCAAGUCACACAUUGUGGUGUUUGCGGAACCGACAUCCACGUUCUUCGCUCUGACUGGAGUCCUACUCCUUACCCCUGUUGUGUCGGCCACGAACUAGUGGGCAAAGCCGUACGUGUCGGCAGUCUCGUGAAGAACAUCAAAGUCGGUGACCGCGUGGGCGUGGGUCCGCAGGCUCAAAGUUGUGAGCGGCCCGAUUGCUACGAAUGCUCCUCUGGUCAAAUGAACUAUUGCCCCCUUGCUGUGGCCACUUACGGGGCGGUUUAUCCUGAUGGCAAGGGCAAGUCUUACGGAGGCUUCGGCAACUAUAACCGAACCAACAGUAGCUUUGUUUUCAAAAUACCCGACGGGCUAGCAUCUGAGGACGCGGCACCUAUGCUAUGCGCUGGUAUCACGAUGUAUGCGCCAUUGAAGAAGUACGGGUGCAGACCGGGCAAGAAAGUCGGUAUUGUUGGCAUCGGUGGUCUCGGGCAUUUUGGUAUCUUGUUUGCCAAGGCCCUCGAGGCUGACAGAGUGAUUGCUAUCUCGCGGAAGUUAUCUAAGCGAGAAGAUGCGCUUGCUCUUGGAGCCGACAAGUAUAUUGCGACAGAGGAAGAUGGUGACUGGAGGGCCGAGAAUCGCCGGUCUCUAGACGUCAUUGUUCUGACUGCUUCAAGUCCCGACAUGCCCAUCAACCAGUACCUGGAAUUGCUCAAAUGCGGGGGGACUCUUGUCCAACUUGGCGCUCAUGCCGGCGGUGAGUUUCCGCCGUUUGGCGCGUUGACUCUCCUGUUCAAUGGGUUAAACAUUGCAGGGGGAAUCAACGGUUCCCCAGAGGAGAUGAGGGACAAGCUGGAUCUGGCUGCGAAGAAACAAAUUAAGCCGUGGAUUCAAACGAUGCCUAUGGAGGACGCAAACCAAGCUCUUGUUGAUUUGGAGGCUGGGAAGCCACGAUAUCGACUUGUCUUGGUUAAUAGCAAGAAUGCAUCGGAGUAUUGA